AUGGUGCUUGGCACUGUCCCUCUUUUCUCAGUGUCCCCUGUACCAAAGUUGUCUCAUUAUGCAAGUGCUUUGGUACAGCCUCAGCCCUUAGUGUUCAGAGGUGAUGUGGACUGCUCAAAACCAUCUAUAGUACAAGAACACUUCACUUUUUCUCAGACAAAUAAACCAACAGAGGAACAGUGGAGGGGAAAAAAGCAGUCACUCUCUGAACUGCCUACGCUAAGCCUUGGAGCAUUUGGUGAUCCUCUGGAAAUGCUGCUCUAUGAAAGCAUCUGGAAUCUCAGGGGACUACUGGAGUGGUUUGGGAGUCCUCAGAAAUGUCCCCUAGUUCAAGCACAGUUUAUACUACACUGGCCUUUAAACAUGAUGCUGUCUAGCUACACACGGAGUCGGCUGUUCUGGAAACCCCCGAGCAGACCCACUGCUGUCACCUGGCCCUGGCAGGAGAUUACUACUGAGCUUUUGCUAUCUGAGUUGCCCAUCCAUGCUGCUGUAUUGUCUUUGCUAAAAGAUGCUGUUAACCAACAACUAGGACCUCUACAACAGUACACAAGGAGGAUUGGUUUUAAGGUGACAACUAGCAGAGAUAACAUGACUGCUCUUAAUAGCAUUGCCACAAUUUCUGGCUAUGCCAUGUCCUUCUGUCCAUCUGUCUUGAGGGGUGUCUUGCAGUGCCACAGGGAAAAGCUGGUUUUGUUGAUAGUGCCAGAAAUUGGCAUCUUGGCAAGAGACUUGAAGAUAUUUAAAAUCCCUAAUUAAAGCCAGAUGCCCUUCUGGUAAAGCUCUCUUGCCUUCAUCAAAGGUUCUGGCCCAUGCAUGAUAACCUUUGAUAGCCUACUGAUAAAGAACUGAUAACCCCUUACUGAUAGCAAAAUCUUUUCCACACCAGAGCAAGAAGGGAGUGCAAUCUGAAAUGGCGGUGAGUAAAGGAAGGCAAUAAACAAACAAAAGACUAAUUGAUUUCUUCUACUUAGCCACAGAGCUAUGUCUGUUCAACCGCCCAUCUGGCCCCACGUCCUCUUGCUGUCACUUAUUGCUGUUGCAUGGUACUUCGGGAAAAACUUAAGACCAGAUCAUAUAACCAAUGUUUCCUUCCUGCAGAGCUUCUUUCCAGAUUGUGUCAACAUUUCAGGGAGUUUCUGCAAUAGAUGUAUCUUGGCCAUUAUGGGUAAUACCUAGUAACAGAUCUACCGUCUCCAAAUUGUCUAAUCCUUCCCUGAAUCCAGUUUGGUCUCCAGUAUCAGUGAGUACUAGAAUUUAAUUGUGUGCUGUGUGAAAUGCAGCGUGCUGAGAGUUACAGCCUUAGCCAGGGGGGUUCGUAGGUCCCACUUGUAUGUCCUGAGAGACUUGCUGUUGUGUGUAGUCCUAGAAUGUCUUCCUCAAUA